AUGGCUAGAAAGAAGUCAAAGCUUGAAUACAUAGCAAACAACUCCAAGAGAAGGGCAACAUUUAGGGCAAGGAAAACUAGUUUGAUAAAAAAGAUUGAUGAGAUUAGCACCCUCUGUGGGGUUCAAUCUUGUGCUAUAAUCUACCCUCCAAAUGAACCUCAGCCAGAGGUUUGGCCAUCACCUCAGAAGGCCAAACAAGUGAUCUCCAAGUUUAAGGAAAUUCCCAAAUUGGAACAAAACAAGAGAAUGUUAACCCAAGAAAGUUUGUUAAGGAAAAGAAUCCAAAAGGCCGAAGACCAGCUAAAGAAACAAAAGGAUGAAAAUAGGCAGAAAGAGAUGAGCCAUCUAAUGUUUCAGUGUCUGAGCUCUGGUGAGGUCACUGCUAAUGCUAGCUUGAUUGAUCUUUGUGAUCUCUCACGUUUAAUUGAUCAAACUCUAAAGGAAAUUGACCUCAAGAUUGAAAGGAUCCAUGAUCAAGAAAAGAUGGCAAAUCAAGUUGAAGCUACACAAACCCAACCUUGA